GACAGGCACAGACUUCUCGUCGCGGCUAUCAAAGCGGCGGCGUCGUCGUCGUCAUCAUCGUCAAGUAUCAACACGCUCUACGGUCGGACUCUUUCAUAUUCGUACCCGGACGGCGGGAUUCAAUGAAGGAAAGACGCUCGUGUCAGAAACUUUCCGUGAUAUCCGCCAUGGAUCCCAGUCCGAGUGUGAAGUGCAAGAUAGUGGUGGUGGGAGACAGCCAGUGCGGGAAGACGGCGCUGCUUCACGUCUUCGCCAAGGACUGUUUCCCCGAGACGUACGUUCCUACUGUAUUUGAAAACUACACUGCCAGUUUUGAAAUCGACACUCAGAGGAUUGAACUCAGCCUGUGGGACACCUCAGGAUCGCCCUACUAUGACAAUGUGAGGCCUCUUUCAUAUCCAGACUCCGACGCCGUGCUCAUCUGCUUUGACAUCAGUCGCCCGGAAACGCUCGACAGUGUUCUGAAGAAGUGGAAAGGGGAGAUAAUGGAGUUUUGUCCUAACACUAAGAUGUUGUUGGUGGGCUGCAAGUCAGACCUGCGCACCGACCUGGGCACGCUAGUGGAACUCUCCAACCACCGGCAGACGCCCGUGUCCUACGAUCAGGGCUCCAACAUGGCCAAGCAGAUCUCAGCGCCGUACAUCGAGUGCUCGGCUCAGCAAUCGGAGAACAGCGUGCGGGACAUUUUCCACGUGGCCACGCUGGCCUGCAUCAACAAGAGCAGCAAAAACGUCAAGCGCAGCAAGACCGCCCGCGCCGCCAAGAGGAUCUCACACAUGCCCGGCAGACCCGACCUGGCCGCUGUAGCCUCGGACCUCCGGAAGGACAAGGCCAGAAGUUGCUCUGUCAUGUGACUGCCAGGUCUGGGGGGGAUUAGACUGGAAGGAGCGAGGACUGAGCGUGGCGUACGCAGGAAGCCUCUUUCCUGCGUGAGAAAGGCCCUUUUUUUGUCUGGAAAGGGGAUUAUUAAUAAGCUUCAAAUCAUGUACAUGUUACGGGAAUUCUCCGCACCAGUCAAAGUAGCAUCCCACCCAGCGUGGCCCCCACCCUUCCCCCGCUGUCGGGGACGCUAUCUGUCAGCGUGCUACCUGCUCAGGAAGCCGGGCAGCUUCCUGCAGGAGGACAAAGCCGAAGCAGGCCACGCCCACAGGAACUAAGCUGGAGCAGUGACGUCACGAGGAAACAAACACGUGAUAUCGGGACUUUCUGCUUCAGAGUGACUCGCUUUCAGAGUGAGACAGUUGUCCGUCAAGCCAUGGCGGGGCAUGACGAGCAUAUCUCAGCCCCGCACAAAGAAAGACGUUGUUUGUUCCCACCCCCGUCUGCAGUAUGGUGUCGGUAUAAUGUGAAGUCAGUAACUGUCACUUUCCCAUGUUGUUGUUGUUGUUGUACCGCAAAUUGUGUGUCUGUACUCCAGGACGGGCGAGGACGUUGUCUUCUCAUUGUCAUAUUCCCACAAUCCAGCAUGAAACGGCUCGUCCACUUCACGGGGAAGCGAAAACGUAACGUAACAGCCACCCUGGCUGUGUUGGAAUAUGAGCAUGCCAUCAUGACCGCUCGCGAGGUACCAAAGAUGAAGACCCCAAGAGGACCUCACGGCAUCUUAUUUUGUUAGCGGCGUAUAGCAGUCAAGUGUAUAUAUAGUCCGUUAAGCCCCCAGUGCAUCAAGAAGUAGUCGCUGUGAAGGGCGUACCGAUCCGAUAUCGAUAUUGGUCCAAUAUCAACAAAAAACAAGUAUUGGAUUAUGGGCUUGAACUAAAAUCUCUGAUGCAAGUGGAGCGUUAAGUUGUGCAAAACAGGACAGCCAGUUAAUGUCUAACUGUCCUGCAAUAGGCACACGCGGUUGGUCUUUUUUAGUAAAUGUCCAAAAGGUAAGCAUGGGAGACAAUCGGCUACUAGGAGCUAGCAGCUACACAACAGCUAAGCACACCAGAUAGACGUUGAUAAUAAGUCUGAGUGUGAAUCUUUGGUGACGUAACGAUUUGCUUCAAAAUCGAUUCUCGCAAUGUAUUAUUAGUGUAAUAAUUAUAAUGAAAACCGGAUAGAAGAGCUCCUUUUGGUUGCACAGAGAUGCCCUAAAAACUUAUUUUUGAAAAUUAUGAAUAGAUUUAGAAUCGGGGUGAAUAAGUAUCGCGAUUGGGAUGCGAAUUUAUUUUUUGCGCUCUCCUAGUACAAUAUCAGUCUUAAACAGCACAUUUGUCGACAUAAACAAGUAUCAAAUAAUUCUACAAGCAUAUCAGAAAGUAUCCAGUAACAAUUGUGUCCGCAUCAUGAGCUUAACUUAAGGAAUUAUUGUCCCGACGGUUAAUGAAUGUUAGUUUUCCCAUACCUUCUGGUUCGAACCAUUUUUGACACUACAAAACAAUGAAAAGCAUGGCUCUCUUGCGAAUAUCGUAUCAGAUUAAUAUCAGUAGCCGCCAAUGCUCAAUACUCAAAUAUCAGUACCGUGAAUAAAGUUGUACGGGUACACUCUAGUGACCAACAAAAUACUCUGUAAUGUUCAACAAUCAAAUAUUUAUCACUCCUAUCCUUUAAUGUGCUUUCUGCAGCACUGCACUGUGUGCACACCAAGUCUAAGGACCGGUUUUAGUCGGUCUACACAAUGGGAGUGAUUGCUAACCGUACCUUGUGAUACAACUAAAUACAAUUUAGCCUUUAACUCUGUCAAGAAGCGCUUUGUUUAGGAGGUGUGAGAUCAAAACUUUCACUCAGUCAGGUUGAAUGGCUUUUUGACGUCAGACAGAAGCCAAACAAAGCUGCAUCUUUUAGUAUUUUCCUGUGUAGACAAUGUCGAACCAAGUCUGUGUAUUUACGCUUACCGGUAAUUUUUUUCGAGCCAAAUUUGAUAUGUUGGCCCUUAAUUCAACAUGGGUCCAGGACAUAGCAGCUAUAGUACAAAUGUUGCCUUAAUUUAUCGCACUGUCAGCAUGUUAACUGGAUUAGUCAAGACGCGUCAUCAAUUAGGGAAACUCCGUAAUUGUUUUGUUCACUCUAUUUCACCUUUUGAAUCCGUGUCAAAAGUAUAGGUCCAGAAAAUUUUCUUGUGCUGAUGGCCCGUGUUGGAAUAUUGCUAAAGUGCUGAUGAUGCACUUCUAAUGGAAUUCUGUGCCAAAAAAAAUCCCUUUCAUGUUGUCUUUUGCCUGUGUACUUUUUGUGUGUUCUCUAAUGUCGAUGUGUCCCCCUUGCCACGAUAUUUAUUGAAUUCUAUAUUUUUUCUUUCAAAUAAAUGCAGGUGAAAUUGA